AUGGCGGGGCUCGGGGGCAGCGGCUACUGGGAAGAUCUCCGAAAACAAGCCAGACAGCUCGAGAAUGAACUCGACCUGAAACUGGUCUCAUUCAGCAAACUGUGUACCAGCUACAGCAGCUGCAGAGAUGGACGGCGUUCAGAAACGUCUGACACUACUCCACUGCUCAACAACUCUACCCAGGACCGGAUGUUUGACACAAUGUCCGUGGAGUUGGAGCAGCUACUGUCUAAACUAACUGCAGUGAAUGAUAAAAUGGCAGAGUACACAAACACACCUGGUUCUGCGUCUCUUAGUGCUGCCCUUAUGCACACUCUACAGAGACAUAGAGACAUCCUGCAGGAUUACACACAAGAGUUUCACAAAACCAAAGGCAACUUCCUCGCAAUCAGAGAAAGGGAAGAUCUACUAGGUUCUGUCCGGAAAGAUAUAGAAACAUACAAAAGUGGGUCAGGAGUCAACAACAGACGAACAGAGUUGUUUCUAAAAGAACACGAGCACCUCAGAAAUUCCGAGCGUCUAGUAGACGACACGAUAAGUAUUGCCAUGGCAACUAAGGAGAACAUGACAUCGCAGAGGGGUGUGCUAAAGUCCAUACAGAGCAAGGUCAACACUCUGGCUAACCGAUUCCCAACCAUCAACAAUCUCAUCCAGCGGGUCAACCUACGCAAGAGGCGGGACUCUCUGAUCCUGGGCGCGGUCAUUGGGGCUAAUUUGCACAGAAGACUGAAACUACUGCUCUGA